AUGGAGAAUGUUAUAGCUGAAGAGUUCUGGAGAAAAAGAGCUGAAGAGGAAAUGAUACAAAAUACUCGCAGAAAACAUCAGCAUGGAAGAGGAAUAUGCACUGUGUUUAUUCUAGAUAUGUCGGAAAGCAUGGAAGGCGAAGGAUUUCGUCAAAUGAAAGAGACUUUUAUUGACAUCAUGCAAGAAUAUGAAGCUUUAAAUUUAGACGACAACAUCGCUGUGAUUGGAUUUGGAGAUGAAAUAAGAUUUCUUCAUUAUUAUUCCAACAAUUAUCAUUCUAUUAAAAAUUGUCUAGAAAAUAUUGACUGCAAGGGACCAUCCCCUUUGGAAGCUGGGAUACUGCUGUCUUUGUCGUGUAUUCAGUUAGGAGGAGGACACACAACACCUUUGAAUCCACUUGUGAUCAGAGCUAGGGUUGUCGUGAUAACUGAUGGAAACCCCACCGACUUGUCUAGUUCUUUGGAGUCGUACAAUACAUCAAAUGACAGCGAGGCAUUCAAUAGACUCUUGUGUCUUGUUGGUGACCAAGGAAAAUGGAAUCCGUUUACAUUCAUAGCUGUUGGCAAAACUCCAAAUUAUUGCCUUUUAGGAGCAUUGGCAGUUGCAUCUAGGGGUGGGAGAAUAUUAGCACGUGAUGAAGCUCGACAGACUGCACGAUUUUCAUUAAACAUUAGAAUGGUUAAUAGUCUGCUAAUUGAUUUUCCCGAGGAGUCUAUAACGGAAUAUUUAGUCAGAAGGAUUGUGUUCCAAACAAGAAAUUAUCAACGUGCAAGUGAGGAAGACAUUAAUCAAAUUUGUGAAAUAUUGAAUGAAAAAGGAGUAUACAACAAAGACGAGGAGGUGGCUGAUGAAAGUGUUGAUGAAGAAUUUAAGGAGAGGUACUCUUCAAUGCCUUCUGUUGGAACAAGAGUGAGAAGAGGACACGACUGGGCAUGGGGGGAUCAAGAUAGUCAUGGAGUGGGCACUGUAGUUGGCCACAGUACCAAAGUUGGAUGGAUAAAUGUUGAAUGGGAUAAUGGUAAUCGCCUUAAUUACCGCUAUGGAUAUAAUGGAGAAUUUGAAGCAUAUGACUUAACCAUUUGUGAUGAACCAAGAGUACUAGAAAAAGGAAAAGUAGCAGUUGGAUGUCUGGUGAGGAAAGGACCAGAUUGGGAAUGGGGUGACCAAAACGGCAGCGAUGAGAACAUUGGGACUGUCUAUCGAGUAAAACACAAUGGCGUUGUGCAUGUGCGGUGGCCAAAUGGUAAUAAAAGCAAUUACCGAUUUGGACACAGAAAUAAAUACGAUCUCGUAUUGUGUGAUCCAAAUGAUCCUGAAGUUAUGGAAUCGUUAAAGUUCAUGGGAAAACAGUAA